AUGUUCAGUAAAUGUGAAUUUUGCCUACAACAAGUAACAUUCUUGGGGCAUCUAGUUUUCGCUAAGGGUAUUGAAGUAGACCCCGACAAGGUGAAGUCGAUGGUUGAUUGGGAGACACUCAAGAAUGUGGUAAACAUUUACAAUUUUUUGGGCCUAGCUGGCUACUACAGAAGGUUCAUUGAGAACUUCUUGAGGAUUUUGACUCCCAUGACUCGACUGACUCGAAAGGGAGUGAAGUUUGAGUGGUCCGAAGAUUAUGAGAAGAGCUUCCAGAAAUUGAAGCAGAGGUUGAUUUUCUCUCCAGUACUCACCAUUCCUAAUGGUGGAUGA